AUGAUUCAAAAUUUCCAUGGUCACACUGGUGACGUGUUCGCGAUCGAUGUUCCCAAAUGCGACACUGGAAAUGUAUUCAUUUCUGCAGGCGCUGACAAACAUUCUCUUGUAUGGGACAUUCGUACAGGACAAUGUGUACAGUCUUUCGAAGGUCACGAGGCGGAUAUUAACACCGUUCGUUUCCACCCAAAUGGUGACGCGUUUGCAACUGGUUCUGACGAUGCAACGUGUCGCCUGUUCGAUCUACGAGCCGAUCGUCAAGUAUGCGUUUAUGGAGGCCGAAGGAAUCCAUACUCUUCCCUGUGA